UAUACAGAAGGAAAAAGAAGAAAAGAAAAGAGAAGGGAAGAGAAGGGCGUGGUGAAAAAGAGGAAAGUAUACGACUAAUUGCUAGGGUUUGUACAUUCCAUUCCAAUCGAUUCCGUAGCUGAAUCUGAUUCCGGAUCGGUGUCAGUCAAUCAGUCAUGAAGCUCACUGUGAAGACUUUGAAAGGAAGCCAUUUCGAAAUCAGAGUUCAUCCUUCUGAUUCUAUAAUGGCUGUAAAAAAGAAUAUUGAAGAUAUUCAAGGAAAAGAUAAUUACCCAUGCGGACAACAAUUGCUGAUUCACAAUGGAAAAGUUUUGAAAGAUGAAACUACUUUAGCUGACAAUAAAGUCUCUGAAGAUGGCUUUCUUGUUGUCAUGCUUAGUAAGAGUAAAGUCUUGGGAUCUGCUGGAACUUCAUCUACUCAGACCGCUAGCAAUCCACCUAUAACUGUGCCAACACCAGAUUCCACAUCUGUAGUACAAACUCAAUCUGCAAACAACAACGCAUCUCCUGCAGUUCUGGCACCUACAAAUGUUACUACAGAUACUUAUGGACAGGCUGCUUCAAAUUUAGUGGCUGGAAGUAAUCUUGAGCAGACUAUUCAACAACUUAUUGACAUGGGUGGUGGCAGCUGGGACAGGGAUACCGUCAAUCGUGCUCUUCGUGCAGCUUUCAAUAAUCCAGAGCGUGCUGUAGAUUACUUGUAUUCUGGAAUUCCUGAAGCAGCAGAAGUUGCUGUACCGGCUGCUCAAUACCCAAGUAAUCCAACUGAAACAGGUGGGGUGACUACCGGAGUUGUUCCUGGGGUCCCUAACUCGUCUCCCUUGAAUAUGUUUCCACAGGAGACAAUUUCUGGUGCUGGAGCUGGAGCUGGUUCACUUGACUUCUUGAGGAACAAUCCCCAGUUUCAAGCAUUGCGGACAAUGGUGCAAUCCAAUCCACAAAUUCUCCAGCCUGUACUUCAGGAGCUCGGAAAGCAAAAUCCAGGUCUCUUGAGACUAAUUGACGAGCAUCAUUCUGAGUUUCUUCAGUUGAUAAAUGAACCCAUGGACGGUACUGAAGGAGAUAAUUUUGAUCAGGCGGAGCAAGACAUGCCUCAUGCUGUCAAUGUGACGCCAGCUGAGCAGGAGGCAAUUGGAAGGCUAGAGGCUAUGGGAUUUGAUAGAGCCUCUGUCAUAGAGGCAUUUUUGGCAUGUGACCGUGAUGAGCAAUUGGCAGCCAACUACUUACUGGAAAAUGCUGGGGAUUUUGAGGAUUAAAUCACUAACCUACAAUGAUUCAUAGUUUUUGUUCAGGCUUUUUUCCUUUUUGCAAGGAGGGUGGUUUGCAAUUUUUCUUCCGUCUUUCUAGGGAAAUUUAUGUGGUAGAGUUUCUGAUUUGGAUUGGCGUAUUUUACCAUUUAUUUACUAAUGAUUUUGGUUUGGUUUAGUUUAUAUGACAGUGUUUUUAGCUA